GAAGCUGGGGUGAUGGGUGUGCAGAUUCUGUGCAGGCUGGAGCGCAGUAUAGGGUUAGAUAUAGGGCAAUUAUUCCCUCAUCCCUUGGAAGGUGAGAUUAUGGAGUUUCCAAACCUCGGGAAGCAUUGUUCAGAGUCCACUUGCAAGCAGCUUGAUUUCCUACCUCUAAAAUGUGAUGCAUGUGAACAAAUCUUCUGUAAAGACCACGUUAUGUAUGUGCUCCAUGGGUGCAGCUCGGCCUACAAGAAGGAUGUGCAGGUUCCAGUUUGUCCUCUUUGCAACACCCCAAUCCCAGUUAAAAAGGGACAGACCCCUGAUGUCGUAGUUGGAGAACACAUUGACCGUGACUGCAAGUCAGAUCCAGCUCAGCAGAAGCGCAAGAUAUUCACUAACAAGUGUGGAAAACCAGGCUGUCGGCAGAAAGAGCUCAUGAAGGUGAUAUGCGAUGACUGCCAUGGAAACUUCUGCCUCAAACACAGGCACCCCCUUGAUCAUGAAUGCAAAGGCAAGAGUGCCCCCAUCUCCAGGGCAGGACAUGCAGCAGUGCUCAGAUCUCAGGCCUCCUCUUCCAAAGCCCCUGCCACAUCCAGCUACACAGCAGCCAGACCAACAGCACAACCCCAGCGGAACAGAGGAAGUGUCCCCAAUGCGCAGCCUCCUGCAGCAGCUGCUUUGCAGAACGGAUUAUCGGAAGAGGAAGCUCUUCAGAGAGCUCUGGAAAUGUCAAUCGCGGAGUCAGCGCAGAAUGUGACCGAACAGCACAGCACUCAGGAAGAAGAGGACUUGGCUCUGGCACAAGCUCUGUCUGCUAGUGAGGAAGAGUAUAGACGGCAACAGGUGUGCUCUGACCGACACGCUUAGGGUUUUGCAUUGCACCUAGCACAGAAUUGUGCACACAGGGACAGAGUCGCAGUGCCAAGCAGACCACCUGCAACUUGUGCUAGCACAGCACGGGACCUUCCAUCACCCCCAUCACAGACACAGGGACUACAAGCAGAAUUUCCACUGACUUACAGCGGCAACACCACUUGUUUUGCUUUUGCAAAACGGACAUGUUCUGUGGACAGUGUUUGCAUGCCUGGAUUUCACAUUAGUGUGUUGCAGAAGGGAAAAUAUUGUUGGGAAUAAGGUAGGUUUUUCUGUCGCCUAAAACAGUGUAAGCUGCUAUAUUGUGGGCCAAACAGAUAUCCAUGACAAUACAGACAUUAGCUGAAUUGUAAUUAAAUAUUCGUUUAGCCCAAAGACCAUCUGUCUCUGUUGUCUCUUGGAGACCGGUGCGAUUUAAAGAGUCCAGUUUCAGCAUUUCCAAAAAUGGCUUACUGUAUAUGUUGUUUCACCAGUAAACAGGCCACUUACUGCUGUAAGUGACAGAGAUUUAUCAAGCACAUUUAUUCAUAUUCCAAUUCUGCUGCUUAUUGAAAAGAAAUUCAGGUAAUUUUUAUACAGUAGAUAUAUCUUCGAUAACCUACGGCACAGUAUCAGCUGUUUAGACUACAAGUCUCACCAUAGCAGGGUAUUAUGGUAUUUGUAGUUCAGCAGCAGCAGUCAACAGCUUUUACUAUUUGGUGCUAAAAUUUGCAGAAAGGUUUCUUAUGCCUGGAACACAGUGGGCGGAAUAUAACUAUUUGAGCUGCCAGUAGAUGGUGCCCAACGGAACCAUUCAAUCGUAGUUCUGUUCAGCUACAAUCAGCUGCCGGAGCCUUCAUUUCAGUUCGCACACCCAAGAGGGGUGUCGAGCUAAAAUGAGCGGGAAGUGACCCAUUUGGAUGCCCAAAUGUGACUUUUUGUGUAGUGCCCGUUACUUUGGCCGGGUUCAGCUGCUUUACGCAGCUAAACCAGACCUCUCUGGGCGCGAAGUGCAUGAUUAAAAAGCACAAUUAAAUAAAGUGACGGGAGCUCAAGCAUGAUAAACAAUUGAAUUCCGCUCAGUUAGUCAUCAGUAAACUGCUUAACGUGGAUGACACACAGGCACAAAUCAAACUUAUUACUGAGUCUGCCUGAUUGUAAAACCAAUUUUUAUAUAUCCGUACUGUUAUAAGGAUUAACUUAAUUAAGAUUCUUAAUCACAUGCUAUUCCUUAAAAGACUAAAACAUACUUCCUCUAUAGAUAGUUUUGUACAUCUAUACUUAAGUAAUUGAGGGAUAUUCCCAUAUGUGGUCAACUUAAUGCAUUUUUUCAGUGAGUGCGAUGGAGGUAAAAUGUCUAAAUAAAUAUGGCUUCUAAUGAAAAGAUCCUGUUUGAGACCAAAGCGUGACAUUAAUUAUCAAAUAAGAAUUUGGAUAUGACUUUUAAUGUUUGCAGUCGAUUAAGUUACAUUUAUAUGCGAGGUCCUUUUGAGGAGUAUUAUUCGUAGAGAAGCUAUAUAAUCACAAGUCAGUGCUUCUGCUGCAAGAGCGACGGUCCUAUAACUAUAUAUUUAUAUAUUAAUCAUGUUCACAAUUAUUCAUCUGAUAAUACUGCAGAAUAUCGAAAAAGUGCACAUUUACCACACAGCAAGAUGUCCUGUUCUACUGCCUGUAAUAUGUUCUAUAGAGAGAACACAAAAUAUGCUUGUGUAAGUAUUUAAAGGGUUUUAUUAUGAAACGUAAAUGUGAAUAUGAGGUUAGCGUUGUUAACUGGAACAUUUUGCUAAUUGUAUUUAUGAAAAUAUAUGAAAUAUUGUAAAGAUCUCUAUUUCCAAGAUCUAGUUCCUUUCUCUGUAAUUCACAUUCCUUCUGUUUCAUCUGAGUGUUGGCUGCAUUGGGGUUUACGUGUGGAUUUUAUUGCAGAUCUGAUGAUACGUCAGAGGUAUCAUGGCGCUCAGAAAAGCCUUAUAACCUCUGUUAUACCUUCAGAGACCUCUCAAAGAAGUGAUUUUAGUAUAAGCAUAAGGAAUGUUGAAUUUAAAGGUAUAUUUUAGCACAGAGUCUAAAAUGAAUUGAAAAUUGAUUUUGUCAAGAACAAUUAGUAAAAUGAGUCUGCUAACACAGAUUGAAUACAUGCCUUUUAAAGCUGCACUAGAACCUGUGGACAUUUUUGUACUCCGGCUAGGAAGACGAAUCAUGUUAGUAAAACAAUGAUGUAGGUGGUUGUGCACCUUUUAUAGAGGAAUGAUAAUCCUAAGUAAGGCUAUUUUCUCAGGUUCUGGUAGCGCAGAGAAGUGGAUCUUUUACGAAGGCUCUUUCCAUUCUUACUGUGACUAUUUUAAUGAUUGGAGGAACAAUUUCAGAAAGAGCAGCACCUCCACUUGUUAUUUUAAUUUAUAAGCAACCAAAUAAAUUAUGAAUGUACAUUAA